GCGCUCCUGCCGACCUGCCCGUGCCUAGAGCUCCUUCGCCCCUGGCUCAGGGAGCGCGCUGGGAGUCUGCCGCUCUCGCUCGCCGCCCGGGCGCCGGGGAGGAAUGUCCUGAAGAGCGGCUGGGUCCCGUGCCGGCGGCGGAGGGCUUCUCCGGGCAGGCACGCAGCUUCGGUUGGUUGCCAAAUUUGGCUUUGGCACACGUCUUGUCCCUCCCAGAUGAGGAAGGACCUGAAGGGCUAGGGCCAUGAAGUACCUCCGCCUGUGAGGGGACGUGGCUUGAGAAGAAAUACCUGCCACUCAGCACCGCUGGCGCCCAGCUGUGUUCUUGGCUGGCCACCUGCUAUGGCCCGCUCUGGCCUCUGGAGCAGCCUCAAGUCCGUGCUGAGGAAGAACGAGGACCCCUUGUUCUUGAACGACUCCAGUGCCUUUGAUUUCUCGGAUGAGGCCGGAGAUGAGGACUACCCCAGGUUCAACAAACUGCGAGUCGUGGUUUCUGACGAUGCGGCUGAUGGUGCAGUGGACGCUUCGGCCAAUGGCACCCACUUGGGGCCCCAUUCCGACGACUCCUUGCUGGACAGGGACGCUGCUCCUCAGAGGGCCCACCCUGCUACGGGCGCAGACCCUUGUAACAAUUGCAACAAACAGAGGGAACUGUUGAAGCAAAGGACUGUGAAGAGGCGCCUGAUCCUAGCCGCAGUCCUCUAUCUCCUCUUUAUGACGGGGGAGCUGGUCGGUGGAUACGUCGCCAAUAGCCUAGCCAUCAUGACAGAUGCACUUCACAUGUUAACUGACCUCAGUGGCAUUAUUUUGACCUUGCUCGCUUUAUGGCUGUCUGCAAAGUCGCCCACCAGAAGGUUCACCUUUGGAUUCCAUCGCUUAGAGGUUUUGUCUGCCAUGUUCAGUGUCCUGCUGAUUUAUAUCCUUAUGGUUUUCCUCUUGUACGAAGCUGUUCAAAGGACCAUCCAUAUGGACUAUGAUAUCAAUGGGGACAUCAUGCUGAUUACUGCGGCUGUCGGUGUGGCGGUGAAUGUCAUAAUGGGCUUUUUGCUGAAUCAGUCGGGCCACCUCCACUCCCACGCACACAGCCCUUCAGCCGUUCCUCUGUCCAACUCUUCUAGCACGGCUUCGGGGCACAGCCACGGUCACGGCAGCCUGGCAGUGAGAGCCGCGUUCGUACACGCUCUGGGAGACUUGGUGCAAAGCAUCGGCGUACUUGUAGCGGCGUACAUCAUUCGUUUCAAGCCAGAAUACAAGAUCGCUGAUCCUAUAUGCACAUACGUGUUCUCAGUACUCGUGGCUUUCACAACACUGCGGAUCAUACGGGACACGGGAAUAAUUAUACUUGAAGGAGUUCCAAGGCAUUUGAAUGUGGAUCACAUUAAAGAAGAGUUAAUGAAAAUCGAAGAUGUGCAUUCAGUGGAAUAUCUGAAUGUUUGGUCUCUGACAGCAGGAAAAACAGUUGCCAUCGUCCAUUUACAACUAGUUCCCAGCGGUUCAUCAAAGUGGGAGGACAUCCAGUCCAAGGCUAGACGAUUGCUACUGAACACUUUUGGAGUGUAUCAAUGUUCUGUCCAGCUUCAAACUUACAGGCGUGAGGAGAACAAACACUGCGUUAAUUGUCAGAAUUCCAGUGCCUAACUUUCCACACGUUUUUGGGGUGUGUGCUGCCUUAUUCUUUUUAUCUUGCAGUCGAAGAUGACCACAGAGCAAUAACACAAGAUUUACAAGUGGAAUGGGACUUCUUAGAUCUGGCUAAUGAGAACAUUCAGAACUGGAGAAGGAGCUGGAAUUACCCCUUUUGAUGAAGAUGAGCACGCUCUCCCCCCGCCCCGGGUCACUGUUUGUUUUGCUAGGGUUUCCAUGCCAAGAUAUUUCCAAAAAAUGUUUACAGAUCACACGAUGGCUAGCCAGAUACCUCAGUGUACACUUCCAUGUUGCCAAUUGUUAACUGUGUACUGGUAUUCCUGCAUUCCAAAAAAGGGCAUCAGGCAUUAGCUACUUGAAUUUAAAAAGAGUUGACAAGGUUGAUCAUGUUGGUGAUCUAUAAAGUUAAAGAUCCCCGAACUGGUUGCACAGCAUUUUUCUUUUUCUUAUUAUAAAACCCAAGUUUUUUAAUACCUUGUUUAAUAAAAUAAAAAUUCAAUUUGCUGUAGGGCUUUUGGAGCCCUUUUUUCCUGUGUUCUGUAUUCACACAAACUUGAAUGUGUAUUGGGAAACAGCUUUUACCGUAACCAGUCUUGGAAGUUUUAGCUUUAACCUAUCGAAAUCAUAAAAUAUAAGUUUACCAGUUAUUUAAUUGAAGGCUUAGGGGCUGGACCCACACCAUUUGAAAGGCUUGGCUGUCUGUCGUAUCUCUAGGCGUAGGAUUUAUACCAUAGGAAUAUAUAUAUAUUUAAUUUCUUUGGGUAUUAUAUUGACUUUGAGAUGACCCUUACUGCUAAUCUCAAGUCUCUAAACUAGUGUUUAACCCGCUGCAGAGACCGUUCGGUUAGCAUGAAUCUUAAUAGGAAGCAAGUACUCUGUAGGAGCCCUCUUCCCACUGAUUUCCUUCCCUGAAGGUGAAGGGGCCUUAGAGAAACUGUAUUAAGCGCAAGAAUCGAAUCAGUAGAUGUAACGUAGAUAUUCAGGAGAUGCGAGACUUCAGAUACGUUGCAGUUCUUGGAAAGUAGAAUUGUGAGAAUCGGGUUUCCUUUUCAUCUGUCAUUAAUUUCCAGUUUUUAAAUAUGGCGUUUGCAUGGUGAUGUCUGAAGUGUGCCGGUGAAAUGUUAGUGAUUUGGUGAGCAGUGCUGCUUCACGUUCAAACAGGGAAGCAUACCCGCCAUCAUUGUUUGUUCUUCUGGUAACCAUUUUAGUUUUUAAAAAAGAUAAAAUAACCUUCCUUUCUGACCUGUGUUGAAUGCAGGCCUUAAUAACUGCUUUGCAGGCACCAAAUUUACAUUGGUUUCUCUUUAGAAUUGGGCCCAGAGAAUAGGGGAGCCAGAGAAAGAAGGGAGACAGAGAUGUUGCACUCAUAAGUAAGCGAAGGCCAACUUGAAUCAUAGCUUUAAUGCUGAAAAACACAAACAAAAUACCAGCAUUUGGUCUGCAAUGAUACUGCUGCAUCUGUGUCAUGUUGAUCCUUCUGAAGAGAACUUUAUCAAUAUGCAUUUGGUAUAAGAAAUAAUAUAUAAUUUUUGGCUAUUAUGGGUGUUUCGGUCUUCACUAUGACAACUGAGGCAAUUGUUCUUUUAACCACAGCAAUAUUUUCCUAUGAAUGUUUUACUAGUUGCUGUUAGGACGGAACAAACCAAAAGAGGUAGUUUCCCUUGCUCACAGUCGAUGACAGUAAUUGAAGAACUGAGUACUGAAGUACCAGCAUUUUAUCAAAGUACCAAUAUUUUGAUUAAUUGCACAAUUUAGAUUAUAAAAUAAGUAACUAUCCAGUUCUUCUGUGUAAUGAUUAUUGUAAUGUUAAAGACCAAUAUUUAU